CACUUCAAUUCAACGGACUAAUAUUUUGAACUGAAACUUUAGAACUUGAAAUAACUGUGUGAUGUUUUUCAAAUAUAUGUUUUCUUUUGUGAUUGUUUUAAAUUAAGUAAUGGUUUAAGGUGUAAGGCUUCUUAAGGACUACCAAUUUAACAUCAUGGGAAAAGAUAUACUAAUUGGAAAAAUAGACGACGACAAUGCAGAUGUCCGAAAAACUGCCCAGGAGAUGGAUGUUAUCCGCCAGAGAACAAUUGCUUAUGAAUAUCUGUGCCGUUUGGAGGAAGCUAAAUUAUGGAUGGAAGCAUGUCUUAGGGAGGAACUUCCUGCAGCGGUUGAAUUCGAAGAGAAUUUACGUAAUGGAGUUUAUUUAGCGAAGCUUGGCAAUUUUAUAGCUCCAGACCUGUUACCCUUAACCAAGAUUUAUGAUAUUGACCAACGACGUUAUAAGAUGAUGGGAUUGCAAUUUAAACACACAGAUAAUAUUAAUAAAUUUUUACAAAUUUUAAAAAAGACUGAAUUGCCUGUGACAUUUCAACCCGAAACCACAGAUAUAUAUGAUAACAAAAACAUGCCAAAAGUUAUUUACUGUUUGCAUGCAUUAAGCUCACAUUUGUUUAAGCUCGGCAAGGCACCAUUAAUACACGAUGUCUUUGGCAAAGCAGUCUUUACAGAUGAACAAUUGGACUCUGUUUCGAAAGACUUACAAAAGUGUAAGCAUCCAUUACCAAUGUUUCAUAAAAUAAGCGGUAUUUUAUCAAACAAUAAUACAAAUGACAAUGUCAGCAUUCAGAAUGCUUUGAUUGAACUCAAUAACCUACUUGACUCGGAGAAAUCCAUAACAUGUGCAUUGCUGAAUCCAAAUUUAAAAAUUAAAUAUAUUCAGAACUAUCUUAUUGAUCAAUAUAAAGAGGUUUUGAAAGCAGCGAAACGUGAAAAGACAGAAGUUGCACACAACCACUCACUGAAUGGUAGUUAUUCUCCCGAUGACUAUGAUGAAUUACUCACUCUGGUUGAAAUUCAAGGUCAUAUAACGGCCACAAAUUAUAAACACCUCUGGAAGACACUUUGUGCCGCAUGUAGAAGUAAUGACAUUAAUAAACUCCACAAGAUUUUUACUGAGGAGUGGGUGAAAAUUAAAAAUUAUAACAGCGGUAACAUAGAUUUCUAUUGUGACGUCGUGCAAAACAUCAUAGAGAGUUGUAAAGAUGUUGAUGUGGAAAGUAUAACGAAUUGGCACAAAAUUUUCCAAAACAUUAUAAAUGAUGGAAACAUAAAAUCAAAAGAACAUUCGGAACACAAAGAAGCGAUUGUCCAAGUGAAUAAAGCGCUGGAUGAAGGCACUCCCGAUGAUCUAUAUGACGCUCUUACAAGUCCAAAGCUCGGUCUUAGUUUUAAAAUAGAAAAGUACGCUGCGCCUCUAUUGUUUGAAGAAAUGAGAUUGGAAAAGUGUGAAUUGGAUAAGAAUCUUAAUGAGAGUGAAAUAGCGGCAACGGCUUUAUAUUUGAAUGACGUAGCGGCUGUGUCGGAAGCUGUUGAGAGAGGUAAUGAGGUAGCUGUUUGGAAUGCAUUAAAUUCUAAACAAAUUAACUUAGAGGGACUCAGGCCACAUUGUAGACGACGUUACUUGUCCGCUUUGAUAAGCGCUCUGCAGGUUAAAGUUAAAGAACAGUGUGAGUGUCCGCUGCUAACACUAGAGGAUAUCAAAGAUACCCUUGAUAUGGUCAACGUGAAGGAUGACAAUAAUGAUGAAUUGAUUGAAAUUAUCGAUCAGAUCAAUAAAGCUGUGGCCGAUGAAAAUUCCGAAGCUUUAAUAACUUUGCUAAAAAGUUCCUGUCUCAAACUACCCUCGACUUUGCAUAGAGAGGAAUCCAUUUACAUGAGAACGUUGAAAAAGAGAUUGCUACAGAAGGAGUCAGAAAACUUAUGGUUGGAAGACAUCAUUGGAGCCAUCGACGACGUUAACACCGAAUCGAAAAAGGUUAAGGAACUGACAGAGGAGAUCAUUCAAUUAAACCUGGCUAUAGUCAAAAAUGAUGUAAAUGAUUUCUGGAAAGCACUAAAAUCACAGCAACUAUCAUGCUCUGAAAUGAUAGAGAGUUCCUGCAAAGAAGUGUAUUUUCAAAUGUUUUCUAAAGCACUGAAAAAGAAGGGGCAUCACAUUUGCCCUUGGAUAGUUUGCCAUACCGAGGCCAGUAACACGGUAUACAUCGACGUCGAAUCCUAUACAUAUAGCUGGAGUACACCCAAAGACUUUGUGCCAUACUCAAGAUAUCUCUCCAAAAAAGAUGUUAAGGCCAUCGUAGACAAGACAAAUAAACAUCACAUAAAUUCCUAUAGAUACAGAGAAUUAGAGAAGACAAUGACUAGAUUUCAAGCCCACUGCAAAGGAUUCUUGAUAAGAAAGUCAGUGACGAGACUGCUAUUUUUUAAAGACAAUGUUGAUUCAAUAAUAAAGAUCCAAUCCUGGUGGAGACAAAUUGUUGUUAAUAGGAAAUAUGGCACGUUGUUAAAAAUGAAGGCAAUCGAAGCUAAACUUCUGCGUGAGAGGAAAAGAAAUCCUUGGGCUUGGUAUAAAGUACAGGAACAAAAAAUAAUAAAGAUUCAAGCUUUAUGGAGAGGGCGCAGGGCGCGUAAUGCUUUCAUAUCUCUAUUCCACUCUCCAAAUCCUCCGCUCAGGGUUCUAAAAAAAUUCAUUCCGGUAUUAGACUUUACAACAGAAGAUUACGACAGAGAGAUGGAAUUACAGACCCUUAAAUCGGACGUUGUUCAGUCUAUACGAAAGAAUCAAGAGCUCUCGAAGCAAAUCGACGAUAUGGACUUAAAGAUAGGGUUGUUGGUACAAAACCGUAUAGCGUUACAGGAGGUCGCCGCUCAUGGUCUUAAAUUAAAUAAUAUAUUACAUCACCAAUCGAAAGUCAUGCAAGCAGAUGGGAGAGGCACUAUGUUAGCUGUGAACACGGCUGUUAAAGGUUUAAAAUCACUAACAAAAGAAAGUAAAAGACUGCUAGAUGGAUAUCAACAUUUGUUCUACGAGUUGCAAACAAAUCCUACAUAUUUAUCCAAACUACUUUUCUGCAUACCCCAAAAUAAAACCAAUUCGUUCCUCCAGAAUGUCGUAUUAAGUCUUUAUAAUUUCGGUGCGUACGCGAGAGACGAGUACUUGCUGUUGAAGCUGUUUAGGUUUACAUUGGAAGAGGAAAUAAGUUGCAAAGUCAUGAAGCCGUUCGACAUAAUCGCCUCGACCCCGUUGGUGUUGAAAAUGGCGGUCAGUCUGUCGAGGCAGCUGUCCGGUUUGAACAGCCUUCAAACGGUCAUAGGACCUCUGGUGGAGAAAAUUAUAAACGAUAAAGACUUAAACAUAGAAACUGGACCGGUCGAAAUAUAUAAAGCUUGGAGGAAUGAAACUGAAAUGAAAACUGGGCAAAUUUCGAAAUUACCGUAUAUAGUGAGUCAAGACGAAGCAUUGAAUUACCCAGAAGUGAAAACAAGACUGGACAAAGCACUGACUCAACUGAAAACGGUCGUGACAAUGUUCUUAGAAAAAAUCACCAAUUCUAUGGAACUUCUACCAUUUUGCAUAACAUAUAUGGCACGUGUUUUACAUCGGUCGUUGACAACAAAAUUUCCUCAUACACCAGAAAAGGAUAUUUUGAAAGUGAUUGGAAAUUUGGUAUACUAUCAAUUUCUGAACGCUGCUAUAGUAGCACCGGAUGCUUUUCAUAUUAUAAACCUACCUAUUGGCGGAUCACUGACAACUGAUCAACGAAAAAAUCUUGCAUCUGUCGCCAAGAUUCUUCAUUUCUCCGCAGCUAAAAAAGGAUUCGGUGAGGAAUCCAAUCACCUAAGAUGCCUGAACCCCUUCAUAGUGGAAUGUCACGAGCGGAUGAAGGAGCUGUUCCGUCGCUGUUGUCGAGGCCCCACGCUCGAGGAGUACUUCGCAGUGGACGAAUACACCGAGGCCACGCUACUGCAUCACCCGCAUAUAUACAUUACUGUUCAGGAAAUAGUAGACACGCAUGCUUUGCUGGUGGAGUACCAGGAUGUGAUAGCCGAGCCUCAGGACCGACUGAACGAGCUGCUGGACGAACUGGGAGACGUCCCAUCGGUGACACAGUUGGCGGCCAGGGACGUACCCGCUGUUACAAGUUGGGAUACGGAAGAAAACGCUAGAUUGGAAGUGUGUCUGGCGCUCGUCAACAAAUUCCAGGCUCCAGCCGACGAUAUGACGGAUUUGAACAAACUUUUCAUCAAGACCAAGGAAUUGUGCGUUGCUGUGAUACCCUUCCUAACAGGCGAACAUUUGCUAGAGGCGCUCUGCAUCGGUACGACAACAGAGCAACAAGAACAGUACAGCGAGAAGGUUAAACGAAGGAUUUAUUCUGGUCAAGUACGGCCUGAUGACGCAUUGACUCUACGUGAACACAUCGCUAAGCUGAGACGGAAUUUAGAAAUGUUAGAAGACGAAGGCUACGUCACACGGGAGGACGGUUAUCAAGCAUUAAUAACAUCUAUAGCACUAGACCUGUGCAAUAAAGGGAAGUACAGACAAGCUCAAAGACGGGCGCUCUCUACAUUGACGCGUACCAAACAGAGUUUGCUCGAGAAAACCAAAUAUUACGAGGAGAAAUGCAAAUCAUAUGACCAGUAUAUUAAAUCCUGCUUGGAUAAUCUUCACACCGGAAAGAGAAGCGUACAUGCCUGCUUACGGAGACCAGGAAAAGACGUUCAAAAGUUGAAAUCAAAGUUGACGAUCAAAUAUUCCGCAACGAAAUUACUGGAGAAGGGCGUCCUGCUGGAAAUAGACGGACUGUCGAUGUCUCAAUGCAAAAAUGUUCAAUUUGAAAUCACACCGACAGAUCAUAACGGAGUUUUCACAAUAACCGGCAAGUUUAUGGGAGUCGAAAUGGAAACUAUAGAUGUGGACAUUCAGGACUUAUUACAGAAACAAUAUGAAGGUUGCACCAUCAUGGAUAUGUUUGGUAAAGCUAAAAUUAAUGUUAAUUUACUCAUGUUCUUGUUGAAUAGUAAGUUUUAUGGUAAGUCUUAGAUAUCAAUGAGUGCAUUAAAUUUUGCUUAAUCUACCCAAACUAGCGAGUAGCACGACUUGUACUUGUAUAAUAAUAAAGUAUUUAUAAUUUAAUUAGUAUGAUACAGUUAUUGUUUAAUGAUAAUUAUAAGUCCAUUCGGAUUUUGCCCUGAUAGGAAUGUGAUCAAUGUAAAAAAUGUGAUUUUUAGCUUGUGAAUGGAAUUGGAAGGAAUUUUCGAAAUGGCAAAUGAAAUACAAAAUCCAAAUAGAAUACCAUUCAAUAUAGAAUUAUUGAACAAUUUUAUUGAUAAUUUUAAAAUCAAGACACAAAAUAUUUAAUUGAGAAUGUAGUAUGUUAAUGCUUUAGUAAGAUUACGAAACGUUAUUACUUCAUUGUGAUAACUCAACCAAAAAAAAAACGACCUAAUAAUCUCUGUGAAUAUAAUUAUAGUAAUUUUAAUAUUAGUUAUUUACUUAUUUUUACACAAAAAGUUAUGUAUUAUGACGUAACUGCUGUUAUUGUAAUUUAUUAUAAUUUUUUCGUAAUACUGAAUACAUUAUGUAAUAUUUUUUUUAUGACAUUUCUUUCAGUAAUAACAUAAUGCUAAGGACAUACUACAGAGCAAAUGAUUUCUCAUAUGGAACACGAUUUUAUGAAUUACAAGAAAAUAUAUUUAGGCACUAUUGAACUUUGUUAUGGUAGUGAAUACCAUUGAGUAUUUUGAUAACUUUCAUUUUGAUUAAUCGAUUUUACUAAUAAAAAGACAAGUUACUGAUUAACUCACAAAUUACUCAGCGCAGCAUACAUCGCCUAAUUUAACACCUUUCGUUGUCUAUUUAUUAGUUUACAUCUAUAGGCGAUAAGCGAUGUAUUUAUGAAUGAAAUGUUUUAAACUACCCUCGCUUAGUUAAACUAUCCAAAUCCAUAGUACUGUCAUUUAAACGCGAAACUUACCGACUCAAGUUAGUGUGCCCAUAGCAUUAAAAAAAUAACUGAAGAUUAAUAUGAAUUAUUCUUUCGUAUAAUAAAUGAGGCUCUCUUUAGCUAAUAGGUAUUUUUUAAUAUUAUUUAAUAAAAUAUUUUCAAGAAAAUA